AGUGAUACGUCGGCGUCUUCGGAGAACGGCGGCGAUGAGCCGAUGGUUGCUUAUGAAGUCGCCAUCGACGAGGAUUACGUCUCCAAAGAUGUGGACUCGGCCUUCACUUCGAGGGACGCGUCGCCAUCCAGGAAGAAGGUGACUGCCGACGAUUUCGAGCCUUUGAAAUGCUUGGGAAAGGGAGCGUUCGGCACGGUACUUUUGGUUCGUCACAAGCCCAGCGGUCGGCUCUACGCGCAGAAGCAGCUUAAGAAGGCUUCCAUCGUAGUCCACAAGAGGGUUAUCGAGCAGACCAUCACUGAGAGAUCCAUUCUCGAAGCUGUCCGCCACCCCAACGUGGUCAAGCUGUAUUACGCCUUCCAGGAUCAGGAGAAGCUGUACUUGAUUCUCGAGUACGCACAAGGCGGGGAAUUGUUCCACCAUCUCGCGGAAACUAGAAUGUUCAGCGAGGACACGGCUUCCUACUACAUUGCGCAGCUCGUGUUGGCACUCUCGCACCUGCACCUCAACGUCGGCGUCGUUUACCGCGACCUCAAGCCCGAAAACUGCCUUCUCGACUCCGAGGGCCAGCUCCUCCUCACCGACUUUGGCCUCAGCAAAGUCAGCAGCGAGAGCUCGCGAUGCAGUUCUCUCCUCGGGACGCCCGGCUACAUGGCCCCGGAGGUACUCACCGACGAUGGCUCCGAGUACGGCGCGGAAGUUGACUGGUGGGGCGUUGGGAUCCUGGCAUUCGAGCUGCUUACCGGCGACCUUCCCUUCAAGGGUAGCACCCCGGAGAAAGUCCACGCCGGAAUCCAGCGCCGCAAGCUCCAGCUCCCCAGCUACCUCUCGAACGACGCCAAGGACUUCAUCAACCGCCUGCUGCGCAAGGAGCCACAGAAGCGUCUCGGCUACAACCUCGCCAAGGACCUGCCCACCAUCAAGAAACACCGCUUCUUCCGCAAGAUCGAUUGGGUCAAGCUCGAGGCCAGGGAACUCGUGCCACCCAUUCAGCCCCUCGUCACCGACCCGCUCCUGGCUGAGAACUUCGAUAUGGAGUUUACCACCCAGCCGCUCAGUCCCGCUGUCGGCCAUGCGUUCCCCGCCUCGUACGCCGAGGCGAAGGAGAAUCCAUUCGGCGGCUUUAGCUUUGUGGCGACUAGUCUGCUGGAGCAGGAGUAUGCGGAGGGCAGAGUCGUGUGGACUUAG